CUAAACCCACAACAGUAAAAUCACUCUGGUCUGUAUAUGCAGUAAAGCAUGCUUGUUAUAUUCACUGUGGAACCUAAGGGGUUAAUGCCUCAAAUUGGGUAAAAAUGCUGUUUGAUCUUGUCUUUUUUGAUCCUCCCCUUCUUCCAGUGCUCCCCCUUGUAUUUCCUGAUAAGAUAUCAUGUGGAGUCACACUGCACAUGCUCAGUUUGGUGUGUAUUGCUAGAGAGGUUUUUUUUUUUUUUUUUUCUUGGGAGAGUGCAUGCAAUCAGCACUGUCCAGACAGAGGUCAGGGGUUCUGCAUCCUCCUAGAGCAGAAAAACUACAAGCUGUAACCAGUGCUCAGCUGAACACUGAUAGAAUGAGAAAAGGUAUUUAGCAGUUUAUAUUUACUAAAAUAAUUGCAUUUCCAUGUUGUGUGUACUGUGGGAGACCAGAUAUAGUGAAU